UGUUUAUGGCUUCGAUGUCUCGGUAUGUUGGCCGAAACUGUUUCGUCGUGACAGUGUUUCAGCACUUCUCAGAUGAUGUUUUGCAGAUUGCAAGACAACACCAGUGGGACUCCGCAAAUCCAGCUAACUAGUCGUCAGUGUCGGUAAUUGAAGUAUUACGCGAACACCUACAUACACAGUGAUUCCACGCUAGAAGGAUGUGGUAAUUAUAGAGCCAGGCGUUGGGGAAGGUCAGACCAAUGUCCAGCGGAGCUCCGCAUCGUUUAGAGACCAACUGAAUUACCACCACGAUCUAAUCGUUGUAUAAGCACUUCAAGCCGGGAUCACAUCCACGUAAGAGUGUGUAUGAACAGACUUGGUCAAGUGACAGAGUUGCAACAACUGUUUACAUGUUCAUAUCAGGCCAAUGUCGGUUCCAACUUAUCGACCCACCUCACAGUAGGGUUGACUCGACAGAUGAACUUCCGUUUACGAAGAGGAGGAUGGUAUAAUUGGACGUCCUUCGUACUCUAAUGUUUUAGUCUUCUUUGGACGCUUUGAUGACGUUGUACCUGCUGAAUCCUUCGUCAAACUGUGCCACAAGUAGUUUACAUGUUUCGACUGAUAUCAGCAAGAGCGUGUUUAUUCUGCCAAGGAGGGAAAGAACCUUGUUUCCUUGUUCUGUUUGUCAUAGGAUUGUGUCUCCAAACACCCAGGUACUGCUGUGAUCAAUGAAAAGAGAGUCGUUGUAAGAGGUCUUUGCGAAUCACGACCUUUUCUACUGACACCAACGGUUGCAGGUCUUCCUGAAAGCACUCAUUACCAACCGGGAACUGUUCUGUUUUUCUUCCUCUGUGAAAUUGGAGGCGGAGACACUUGGAGCAAUAAUCACGUUUCAGGCUCACGUGAAUACAACGGAUUGUCUGGUUGUACGAUUGUUGCCGGAUAACAUAGCGCACUCCCAGGCACCCCUUCAUCCGGAAGUAUAACAUCCAGUGGCUUGCUGAGGUCUUGCAGACCGUGGCGAAAUUACCUGCAGACCGAGAACGUCCCAGUGAGCGUAUCCCCCGACCUCCGCCGAAGCAGGUGUUUCUGUUGGCGAGUCCCGGAUACCGACUCGAAGAUGGCCCUCAUUGAACAAGGGAACAGUGCUCCUCCCGAGAACUGCCACCGUCUGGUCAUCCUGGGCUCUUCCAAAGUAGGCAAGACCUCCAUAGUUUCACGCUUCCUGUACAGUAAGUUUGACGAUAACUAUACGCCAACUAUUGAAGACUUCCACAGGAAGAUCUACAGGAUAAAAGGGAACCCUUAUCGUCUUGAUAUUCUGGAUACAUCUGGCAACCAUCCUUUCCCUGCAAUGAGAAGGCUGUCGUUGAUAACAGGUGAUCUCUUCAUCCUGGUAUACAGUAUAGACAAUCGAGAGUCAUUUGAGGAAGUAUGUCGCCUGAAGGAACAGAUCCUUGAAUGCAAGAGGCAGUGCAGAACCAGAAAGGCCAUGAAGCUCCUCAAUAUCCCCAUGGUUGUCGUGGGGAACAAGUGUGACAAGGAAAAAGACCGGGUCAUUGAUCCCAGGGAGGUGGCCAAGCUUCUGGAAGGACAAGACAGCAGUGACUAUCUGGAAACCUCUGCAAAGAAGAACAUCAACAUUGAUGAUGUGUUUUUCAGACUCUUCCAGACGGCUAAACUCCCCACCGAAAUGAGUCCCUCCUUACACAGGAAGGUCCAUCCGACGUAUGUUGGUCAAGGGGGGUCGCCUACAGGAGGAAGGAUGAUGUCCAUUCGGAGAAAGAUGAGUGAUGCUUGCGGAGCAGUUGCUCCGAAUGUUAGGAGGCCGAGUAUAAGAACAGAUCUGUUGGUGGCACAGAGUAGAACAAAUACCCAGAAACCUGCAGAUGAACCAGAGCCGCGGGUAGCUGCAGCAGAAACAAAGUGUGUGAUACAGUGAAGUGUAUGACCAUGUAUUUGCGCUUUGAUCUAAAAGCUGGAUCAGCUCUUUAUAUAUUGUGUGAUUCUGUGCACAGGCCAUACUAGAAACACUGAGACAUUAAUGUGGUGGUCAAACGCUGUUGUUCAAGUACAUUAUGAGUGUGAUAUACCACAUUAGUAAUAAAAGAACGAUGUCAAAUGUGAAAUUGUGCGAAAAGGACUUCUUCGUAUAAACACUAAUUCUUCAACAGAGAACACAAAUACCAAUUUAUAGAAAAAUUGCUUGGCUGUACACAAUUGAUGAUUAUAUUUCUGCGAAGAUAUUUGUUAUAAAUUUGUACACAAUAGUUAAUGUCGUUGAAUAUUUAGAAGUAUGAGUUGAUGUGAAAGUAAGAAUAGCUGAAUGAAAGCAUAGUUUACCUUGUAAUGAUUCACACGAAGAGUGAAACCUCGUUAUCUCGAUCCCCGUUAUCUCGAUCCCCGUUAUCUCGACAAUGUAACCGCAUGGUCCCGUAGCAUCAUAAACAGCAUUAUGGUCGAACUACAGACAUCUCGACAUGUACUUUAUCGCCUGGGACUUCGAGUUAAUGAGGUUUCACUGUUAAUUCCAUGUUCUAGCAAAGUAUAUUAACUAGUCGUAUUAACUGCAUCAUAGAUUUAUUGUUUGAAGAGAAAGUGCAGUUUGCCUUAAACAACAGCCUUAUGAUGUUUUCAUAGUUGUUUCAUCCAAAGAGUGUAAAUGAGAAUCGUUAUAUUUUAGCAUGUAUAUCUAGAGAUUUGGCUUGGCUUUGUCGGUUUUAUUCUGUCAUGGAUAUAUUGUUUACUUCGUUACAAAAGGUACCACCCGCCAUUAUGAAGACGCAUACAUGUUUUCUAAACUGUAAUAUAUAUUAUAUAACAAGCUGAUCACUGUUGCGUGGUACAAAUAGUUCUCCGUAUACGUUUUUUCUCAAAUAAUAAGAUACGAUCACAAAAUGUUUUUGUCCAGCCGUUUUUUAUCAUGUUUCGUGUCAGAUAUGUUUGAUUCUUGGAACAGAGACAUAUUGGUUAAUUGUAUAAAGUUUUUUUUGGGGGGGUAUAGUCUAUAGUUUUAGGGGAUUAAUAUGAAGUGGUUAGAGAUUAGAAGAAAUCAAAGAAUGCCCGAUUCCUUCCUAUUACUAUAUUAAUUUGUCAUGACAGGUUAACUUUAAUUGUAGGAAAGAAUCAUGACAGAUUAACUUUAGUAUUAUGAAAGAAUCGGGUGUUUUUAACUUCUUUUGAGUUGUUUAUAUCGGUCACAGACACGUUUGCCAGUAAAUCGUUAAAUAGUAUAAAGUGGUACAACAAACAUGGUGGAUAAUCGUUAACAACUAUUGACUAUCUGCCUAACCAAACUGAAAGUAAACAAUCUGUUCUCCAGUCAAGUCUCUCAUGUGUCCUUGACCAAUACCAUGGCCAAUUAAUGUCCACGUUGAAAUAACCUUGACAACUACAUUCUGCAUGACUUAUCUGGAUGCUCGUUGCCACAGUUGCUAUCUUUACAUCACGGCUGACACAUCAAUUUGCCAAGAGUCAUCCUCCGUCGAGAUCACAUGGCGCUAUUGGCCGACACAUUGUGUUGAUGGCCAUGUUCGAUCCGUUCUGGAACCCACCACAAGAGUAAGUAUUAAUCAAGAGGACAUGUUUGAAUUAGGGGGUCCUCUUCUGAUCGCUGCUUGUGAUUGUUAGACAUUUGGCUCCGACAUCCUAUGUUGAGUGCCGGGCAAUAACUGAUUGAGUUUGAGAUGUUUUGUGCUGGUGUUGCAAAGGACAGGGUGAAAGGUUCAAGUGGGAAGCCGCUUUGAUCUUCCCUGAUUACAGCCCGAUUUUCAUAAGCCUGAGAAUUCAACAAUGAGAAGAAAAUCAAUUAUCUGUUGUUUCACAUAGUAGUAAUCUGUUCGUAAUCGCGUGUCAGUAAGAAAUUAGUGCUUGUAUGAUAUAACAUGAUGAUCGUCACCAAAAUGAAAGUAUUGAUAUGACACAUAUCCCGUAAUGUAAUUAGAUCUCGUCGAGUCCACAUAUCGUAUCAUUUGUAAAAAUGCACAUCUAUUGUGAAAAUGAUGUCCAUCAAUGUAUAGUUGUCCUGUAACUUCGUAUGUGGCAUCAUGUGGGAGGUUGUAGAGUACAUCUGGGUGUUGUUUAUUUGAUUGUCUUCUGUAACAGCUGCAUUUCCAUCUUUCAUUUGAAUAUAAGUAAACUUAAAUACAUACCAGUAUAUAUACUGAUUGACAGGAAUAAGGAAUCACUUAGUUUGGGGACACAGUAAUGCUAUUAUGGGUUUUAUAUGUAUAUGUAAAGUUAUCAUGGGUCCCCAGCCUUGUCUACCAAAUAUGCGUUGGAAGCAAUGCACACAAACACAAUUUUUGAUUCUGACGUGUUGAAUUUGUAUGCACGCUAUUUCAAAUGUACUGACAGUAAAGCUAAUUUCCCUAAAUUGUUCAUUGUUCCCUUAUUCGUUACCAUCAGCAUACUACUUCAAAGAAGUUAAAGAACACCCGUUGCAAACAAUGCACACAAACACAACCUUUGAUUCUGACGUGUUGAAUUUGUAUGCACGCUAUUUCAAAUGUGAUGACAGUAAAGCUAAUUUCCCUAAAAAAAAAUUUAUUGUUCCCUUAUUUGUUACCAUCAGCAUACUACUUCAAAGAAGUUAAAGAACACCCGUUUUUACAUAUGACUACAUCAUUUUAAAGUAGAGAUUUCGUUAUGUCAUAGAGAUGCUAUCCAUUAUUUUAAGUACGUUUUUAUAACUUUGAUAGACAUUUCACGUACCUCAGCAUCACUGCUUGAAAUUAAGUAAUGUCCACAGGCACCGCUGGUCGAACCACGUGACCAGUAGCGUGCGACUUGCAAUAUCUGUCCAGCAAACUGUUGAAUAUUGUUUAGUUUGUUUCAUCGGUGAGAUAUAUAACUGACCUUUUGACAGGAAUACGGAGAUAUGGAAGCUACUCUUCGCCAAUAACAUCCUAAUUUUACGUGAUCUGUUUGGUGUAUCAUGGAAUAACAGCGAUAUCCCUAUCAAAAGCUGAGUAGUAUAUUUGUAUUUGAUGAUAGUUUGUACAAGGAACAUAUUGUAUUGUUACUAUAAUAUCCAACCUGUAGUACUGUCGUGGUACAAUGAUAUAGUGCUGUACAUUGUCCGAAUGAUCUUGUACAUUGUAGCUUUCUGUAUACAAUGUUGGAACAGUGUAAAAAAUAUUGUUGAUAUGUAUAUGGUUUUUACAUUAUACCUGUAUGAAGCCAUAUUGAUAUGUUUGCAUUGAGCAUAGACAUUUGAGUCAUAUUUUCAAAACAAUUUGUAAUUUUCUACAUGAGUGCGUUGAGUAUGCCAAUGAUGAAUAAAUAUGUGA